AUGAUUUCUCUAGAAGAAGAGUACAACUUGGGAGAAACCAUCGCGCCUGUCUGGAACGUCGAAGAAGCUGCCACUGCAUCUCCAGUGCAACCUAUUAUCACUGUUCAGCUAAGGGAACCUCUUACUGUCCAAACAUAUCUCCCGAGAGUUGUAGUAACCACUACAGUUGCUAGAAAGGCUGAGUUUGACACCAAAGGAGUCCCAGGGGAUUAUAAAACAGAAGCCAAGGGCAAGAUGAUUGACGCCGCUGUGGCUCAUGGAAUGACUAGGUCGGGAAGGUGCUAUGCUCAAGAGGAUCUGAAUCGAGGAGUUCUUGGGAAGGAACCGAAUCCCAAAAAGAAUAUUACCGAUGCUGAAGUCACGGAAUUUUGGAGGAAGAUGCAGCCAAAAGACUAUUCAGUCGAAGAGCAACUGAAGAAGACAUCGGCUCAUAUAUCCAUAAUGUCUUUACUAAUGAGUUAUGAGGCUCAUAGGAAUGAUUUGAUGGAGGUGUUAAAUGGGCUACCAACGGAAGGGACUGGACACAACAAAGCACUUCAUAUCGUGGUCAAAUGUCGUGAUAAGAUUGUGACCCGAGUUCUGAUUGAUGGCGGUUCUGGAUGUAACAUCUGCCCUUUCACAACUCUGAGAGUUUUAGGCUUGAAUAUGGGAGAUAUAGAGGAAAGUCGUGUAAAGGUGAGAGCUUUUGAUGGAGCACAGAGAAGCGUCAUUGGAGAAAUCCAUCUCACAUUGCAAGUGGGACCAGCAGAAUUCCUUGUUUUAUUUCAAGUGAUGGAUGUGUCAUCGAACUACAACCUGCUGCUGGGAAGACCAUGGGUCCAUAUGGCAAAAGCAGUUCCUUCAACUCUUCAUCAAUGUGUAAAGUUUGAGUGGAGUCACGCAGAAGUUACUGUUCAUGGAGAGCUCAAUCACCCCAUCUAUUCUGUCAAUUCUGUUCUAGUAACUGAAGAAUUAGAUGGAGCCACUUUUCACACUUUAGAAAUCAUGCAAGCUGUGAGGGUUGACAAGAAGUUAGAGUCGGUUGGUGUGAAAUUGUUAGGGGCAGCGAAGAUGGUCGCAGCAGAGAUGUUGAAAUACGGGUAUCAACCUAAGACAGGACUUGGACCCAGGGCCAAUGGCAUAGUUGAACCCAUCCAGCUGAAGCAUCAGAAAGGUACCACUGGACUCAGAUAUGGAUCUACAUCGGGACGAGUCCACAACAGGGGAUCUAUCAAGAUAACGUUUGUACUAGAGCAAGUUCCGAUUCUAGAUCACAUAUCUGACGAUGACAUAGUGGAAGGAAUAGGAAAUUUGUUCGUGGCCAUGAUUGGAGAAGAGGAAGAGAUAGAUCUCCGCAAAUUGAGCAUCCGUGAUUCCAAGCCUGGAGAAAGCUUACAGAAUUGGACCAUCAGUCCGUCCCUGUUUUGA